AUGGUUGAUAUGAAGAUUAUGAGAGUGUUAUGUGCUAAUGGCAUUCCUUUCAAUGUUCUACGUAAUCCUCAGUUUCAAGAGAUGAUCACAACCAUAAAUAAGGAACCUGCUGGUUACAAGGCUCCUUUAUAUGAUAAGGCUCGAACCAUUUUGCUUGACGAGUGUGUAAGAGAUAUGGAAAAGGGGUUCACUUCAGUGAGGGGUACAUGGUAUAUACAAGAGGUUUCUAUUGUGUCGAAUGGUUGUUCCAAUGUUAAGCAUCAACCAUUAAACAAUGUUAUUGUUGCCAACAACCGUGGUGCCAUGUUUAUAUAUGCAGACGAAUUUUAUGGUGUAGAGAAGACAGGGGCAACAAUUGCAGACUUCUUGCUUGGAGCCAUUAAAACCAUAGGACCAAGUAAUGUUCUUCAAGUUGUAACUGGCAAUGCAAAAAACUGUAAGACUACUGGAAAGGAGGUGGAGAAGGUAUAUAAACACAUUUUCUGGUCUCCUUGUUAUGUCUAUUUUUUGAAUUUAAGUUUUAAAGAUCUUGCAAACGAAUGUUUUUGGCUAAUGGACACAUAUAGGAAAGGGAAAAUAAUUGUUAAGCAUUUUCUUAAUCACACCCAUGCAUUGGCUAUUUUUAGAGAUAAUUCACAACUAGAAUUGUUAAAAGUAGCCAAAACAAGAUUUGCAUCUCAUUAUAUUUUUCUCAAAAGGUUAUGGGACUGUAGAGAGUCUCUUGCUACUACAACUGUCCUAUAUUCAUGGAGAGAGUGGCUGAAAAAUGGUGAUGAAAACACUAGGCAAAAUGGAUUAUUAGUUCCGGAUACAAUUAAAAGUGAAGACUUUUGGGAUGAUGUGAAAAGUGUUCUUGCUGUUACAAAACCAAAAUACUUGAUGGUUAAAUUUUGUAAUGGUGAUGGAUCAAAGAUGGGAGAAAUUUACGAGAAAAUGGAUAACAUUCUAAGAGAGAUUAAGAAUGUCAUGAUGAAUCAUCGUUAUGUUGAGUAUUACCCUUGA